CCCGGUGCCCACGGUUGUUAUGGAAACCGCGUGCAUGGCGGUGGCUAGACAGGUGUCCAACCGCGGUGUGCUGCGCGAGGAGGCGGGAGGUUCCGCGGACUCGUCGGUCACUGCGCGGACGCCCGUGCCCCCAGUGUCGCCCGGGUCCCUAGAAAGGCUUGUGUCGCCCGCACAGGUCACCGAGUCGCCGGGGAAGAACCUGUGGGAGCAGAUCUGCGAGGAGUAUGAAGCUGAGAUACCUACCCUUCCAGAAGGAUAUAAAGUGAAGGAGGAAGCAGCCGUUACAGUGAGCUCGGUCACACCAUUGGAGGAACUGGUUCCCCAUGGCUUCAACAUGGAGCACUACUUCCCUGUACACUCGUUCCCAGUGGUGCCUCCUGUGCCUUGUCCUCCCAAGAAGACAGAGACGGUGGAGCCCAAGACCUGUUCCCCCAAAGAUUAUCUGGAAAUGUUCAUCUUUCCAGUUCUGCUCCCUGGAAUGGCCAACCUGCUUCACCAAGCAAAGAGAGAAAAGUGUUUUGAGAGGAAGAGAACCAAGUUCAUUGCCUGCGACUUCCUGACUGAGUGGCUGUACAACCAGAAUCCAAAGAGGGCAGGGGAGCCGUUCACGGAAUUCUUCUCCAUUCCGUUUGUAGAGGAAUGGCUCAAGCACCACCCCCGGCCACCAAUCCCCCUGUCCCUGUUACUGACAGAAGAAGAAGCUGCAAUCAUCAUCCAGUCCUUCUGGAGAGCCUAUCUGGUUCGCUGUGACCCUGAGAUUCAGGAGCUGCGGCAGUGGCAGAAGAAGCUUCGUGAGGACAAGCACAUCUGCCAGCGUGUGAAGAUCUUCUGGGCCAAACAAGAGCAGAAAUUGAAAUGUAAAAUGGACGACGAGGAAGUGCCUGCUGCCUCUGGGCCACCUCUUUAACUGACACCAGUCCUCCAUGCCCAGACUGCACAUCCCCUUAGUGUGGUGGACGCAGAACCUUCGGCCCACAGACCGGGUUUGUUGCAGAUGAGCUUAAGCGCAGUUUAGGAAAGCAUUCUUUAGCUUCCUGCCUUACCCCAAAUGCUACUUUUCCACCAGCUUCUCCACUGUGUCAGGAGUACCCUUCUGAGCCACCACCACAGUUGACGUGCCUAGUGAUGAUGUCCUUGUCACCAGUUUUCCCACUUUCGCCAAGGCCCGUAUUUUAAUUUUUCUCAAAUCUCCGUUAGUUCUGUCUUGCUUUUGUCGUUGAAUUACGAGGCAAGGCUUGAGAACUGAGCUGUGUUUCCAGCUCAAGAAGAGACAGUCAUUGCAAAGGACUUCCAUCGUCAAAGCCCCAGAAGUGUUACAGCAGCGUCCUCUUAAUUUAAUGGUCCUCAUGUGUCUGUGGCCGCUGCUCAACAGGAUUCUCUCAUCUGAAAGGCCCCAGACACAGGAAAGCCUCCUUGGUAGUAUAGGACUAUUUGACAAGCUACCACACAUCUUAGGUAAAUAGUAAAGCCUUUAUUUUCUUGUUAAGAACAGCAUUUUGAAAAUAAAACCUAUCUGCUCAUGCUUAACAACCUUUUCAA